CGAAGAGUGCGCAGUUCUAUCUAAAUCGUAAGGCAAGAAAUGCCAUUUUAACAUUAGAUCUAACGGGGGCUAGUCAGAAAACCUAAUACACAAACUUUUAGCGGUAUGAAGACUUUGCUCAUUGGUUUGGGAUUGACACUCGCGGUAGCAGCCGUAACCGCAAAAACAUGUGAACCUAAACGCUACAGCGUCGUAUGCUAUCUUGCCAGCUGGUCAGUAUACCGCGACGGUAAAGGUGCCUUCAAUAUCAGUUAUAUUCUUCCCAGCUAUUGUACCCAUGUGGUGUACACCUUUGCCGGAUUAAACUUGGUCGGAGGCGUGGAUUCACUGGAUUACUACAACGACAUCAAUGUGAACAAGGGCUACGAAAAGAUUGUUCAGUUAAAAGAGGAGAAUCCUUGUCUUAAGGUAAUUCUAGCGAUUGGUGGUUGGAAUGAGGGCUCGGAGAAGUACUCUUUGAUGGCUGAAUCUGAGGAAACGAGAAACGCUUUCGCUGAUCACGCCCUUCGAUAUCUGGUUCAAUUUGGUUUCGAUGGUCUCGAUUUGGACUGGGAAUAUCCUACAAUGAGAGGUGGACUCCCAGAGGACAAAGAAAAUUUCGUUCUUCUGCUAGAAGCACUGCGCGCCAAGUUUCAACAUCGUAAGAAACUUCUCACUAUCGCUAUGAGCGGUUCCACCAGUGUAAUUCAGGAAGCUUACAAUCUAACAGCAAUUUGUGAGUUAUUAGAUUUCAUCAAUCUAAUGGGCUACGACUAUAGUCUGAGAACAAAAACCAGCGUAGAUGCACCUCUGUACUCUGAUACAACGACUAGAUCCGAAUCAGUCGACAGUGCCAUCUCGUUCGUACGUAAAAGUGGGUGUCCGCUGGCCAAAAUCAAUCUUGGCAUCCCAACCAUGGCUAAGACGUACACUCUUAAACCGGAAACUGCUGGUCGUGUGUCCCCGGGAAGCGAUGUAAAAGGACCUGGUAGACCCGGACCAUAUACCAAGAAUGCUGGAGUUCUGGGUUAUAAUGAGCUAUGCGAAAUGUUGAACGAUGGCAAAUGGAACGUCAAACCAAUGAGGAAUGUUGGAGUAAAGAUAGCUGCCCUGGAUGAUCAGUGGGUUACCUAUGACGAUCGGGAGACGGUUGCGGAGAAGGCGCAAUAUGCUAAGGACAAGGGACUUGGAGGGGUGAUGUUUUGGACGGUCGACACCGAUGAUUUUCAUGGAGACUGCCACAAUGAGGCAUACCCGAUGCUAUUGGCAGCUAACAAAGUAUUUAAAUACGUUUAGAAACAACCAUUUGCAACAGAUGAGGUAGUCAAAGCAAUGAAAUAAAUGCGUUCACAGUUCUGUUAUCUGUAGUAUAUUAGCGUCCCAAAAUAUGUAGAUAACGAAACAUAGAAAAUUAAUAUUAAUUUGGGCUCCAAAUUGGCAAUGUACCGAUAAUAGUUUUCUUAUUUAAAAAAAACUCCAUUGUUCGAAGUAUCAGUAGCGGGAGUCUAUGAUUACUUGAUAAUAUUUUUAACACAUCUUUUCCUUACUUUUAAAUGCAUGGAAACAAAAAAAAAGAUUUACAAGCUGGUAGGUGGUUCAACAAAUAGGAGAAUUGGAUCAAUAAGCCAUAU